GCUGCGGUCACACGCGCCUCAGCCACCUGCCGCGCUGCUCGCCCGGCGGCCCUUCUCCUGGGCACGGCGUCCCGCCCUCCACGCCGGCUCCCAGCAUGUUGAUGGCUAGUACCAGAAGAUUAACUUAGUGGGAGAACAGGCUGGGUGACAUUUCCCCAUCAUCUACUGAAACAUGAAGACCAAAAGCAAAAGAACAAAGCACAGGCUUGCUGUUGACAAAGAAGCCUUUCCUGGGGAGACAACUUUGAGCAAAGAGGAACCGGUGAAAUGUUUGCGACGCAAAGAAAGGAGAAAUGGCGAAAACAAUGAGAGUAGCAAGACUGGUACAGUCAAAGCCAAGCAUGCUUGGAACAACAAAGACAGACACUUAAGGCGAUUGGAAAGCAAUGAACGGGAGAGGCAGAGAAUGCACAAGCUCAAUAAUGCAUUCCAGGCCUUGCGGGAGGUUAUCCCUCAUGUGAGAGCUGAGAAUAAGCUUUCUAAAAUUGAGACUCUCACGCUAGCCAAAAAUUACAUUAAAUCACUGACUUCCACCAUACUUCAUAUGUCCAGUGGGCACCUUCCAUCUGUAGAAGGAACUGGGGCAUCCAAUGGCUCCAAACUGUACCAGCAUUACCAACAGCAACACGGUGAUGAGGAACACGAUGAACAACUAAAAAAAUACUCCACACAAAUUCACAACUUCAGACAAGGCAGCUAAAGUUAGCUACUGGCCUCAUUCUCUCAUCUCCAUACAUUCCUGUAUAUUUCAGCAUUUGGAGGAUUAAGGGGUUAUUUCCUCCCGGUGGCUUUCUUUUUUGUUUGUUUUGGGAAAGACAAAUGUUUAGUGACUAGAUCUCAUAAUUCUUGUUGAAAUUAUCCUAAAUUGUAGGUCAGGCUUUUCAAAGAGAUUAGUGAUUUUGGUUGCCCGGUAUGAAACACCUUCUCUGUUCUUAUAGUUUUUUGUUUACCUGCUUUGUUUGUAAUUUUCUUGAGGUCAGAAUGUUCUUUUAAUUUGUAAUGAGAAAUUGUUUGAUUGUUCAACACCUAGAUUGCUUUGCAGGGCGGGCUUUAUAAACAAAUUAUUUUUCAGUGGGAGGAGGGUCUCUGCACUUUAGGAAAAUUACUCUUUUUAUAAGGUACCUUGAGUUGGGCACCCAACAGUGAUGUCCUAAAUCACUAGUCAUUAUUGAAAAUACUGGCUGUAACUUCUAUUCCUCCAGAAGUGGCACCAUGUAAUGGGGAAUCUUGGUGCAGGAAUAAUGAAGUUUAUGGCCCGGUACAGUACUUUGGAAUGUAUACAGCUACUGGAGGGACAUAUCUAACUGACCUGAUAUUUGGAUAGCAGGACUAAUUUCUUUAACCACAAUUACCUGGAUUUUUCCCCUUGAAUUCUUAAAUAUGCUGCUACUAAGGGGAAGGAAUAAAUUUAAUGACAAUAGAAACGUAUUUUGAGUAGCUUGAUUAGUGUGAUCGAACAGGUAUGAACAGAUAUUAGAUAAUGUUUUCACAAAUG